UAGGUAAAAUCACCCUAAAAAUUGCUAUCCAUUAUGCGAUCGUGGGCGGGCAGUGUUGUGUUGUCUCCCUAGGGUUCAUUUCGUCGUUCUGCAAUCUCCACCGAUUCAUUGAAGGAAUCGAAGUGUGGAAGCUUUUGAUUAAAGAGUUACAGGAUGCAGGGAGUGAUGAUGGGAUUAGGGCAAGCCGGCGGUGGUCUCUCCGGAAAGACUGUUCUGAUCACCGGAGUCAGCAAAGGACUUGGCCGAGCUCUUUCUCUCGAGCUUGCAAAGCGUGGCCACUCUGUAAUUGGCUGCUCUCGUUCUCAAGAUAAACUCAAUUCCCUCAAUUCCGAUCUCCUUUCCUUCGACCCUUCUUCUUCUGACAAGCAUUUCCUCCUCCCUGCCGAUGUGAGCUCUGACUCCAGCGUUCAAGAGUUUGCGCGUCUUGUUGUUGAAAGGAAGGGCGUUCCUGAUAUCAUUGUAAAUAAUGCAGGUACUAUUAAUAAGAACUCCAAGAUCUGGGAGGUUCUUCCAGAGGAGUUUGAUGCUGUCUACGAGACAAAUGUCAAGGGAACAGUAAACAUAUUGCGUCACUUUAUCCCACUUAUGAUACCAAGCAAGAAAGGAGUUAUUGUUAAUAUGUCAUCUGGUUGGGGGAGAUCUGGUGCUGCCCUGGUUGCACCUUAUUGUGCUUCAAAGUGGGCCAUAGAGGGUUUAACCAGAUCAGUAGCAAAAGAAUUGCCAGAGGGAAUGGCAAUUGUGGCUCUUAGUCCUGGAGUUAUAAACACUGACAUGCUUGCCUCAUGCUUUGGCGAUUCAGCUUCUUUAUACCAGACUCCUGAUGCAUGGUAAAGGCUCUGAAGGCAGCCACAAUGAUCUUAAAUCUUACAGCAGCAGAUAAUGGUGCAUCUCUCACUGUCUGAUCCGGGCUCGCUAGCUUGGUCUUUAGUUUACCCUUUUCACUUCCAUGGUUAAUGACAUGAAUAGAAGAUGGAUUAUUUGUUUGUUGUCUCUAAUUUUAGGAUUUUUGAAUCACUGGUCUCUGACUUACAUUUAGGGUUCAAAUCAUAAAUUAACAUUCGGUCCAUGCAUGUAGCUCAAUGCAUAUAGUCUUAUAAUGUCGUUUUAUAUAAUUUCACACUUUGAGAAUAGGGUGUCGAAAUUACUCCUCUCGAUUUGCAGUGUAAGAUACUGUUAAACUCUUAAAAAGAAAGAAGUUUUAAUCUAAAUUUGCCCCUGAACUGUCCUUUUAGUUUUGAUCA